GCCCCUGCCCCGCUCCCAUUGGUCGCUGCUCCCCAGUCGGGGAUUGGCUCCCGUUGCUUGUGUCUGACUUUGUUAAUGGAAAGUGGUGAUGAGAGCGGAGAGCGCUGCGGAGGGAGCUGUGUGCGGGAUCAGCGGGGAUCAGUGGGUACGGCUCCGCGGGACUGGUGGGUACGGCUCCGCGGGACUGGUGGGAAAGGCUCCGCGGGACCGGUGGGGGUCGCACCUGUUGUCACCUCCGGGAGAUCUGUACAAAGUGAUUACAAAGUGAUUGGAGUCCGGGGAUCUACCGAUAUGGAGUACUUACCUCUGCUGCUGUGCCUGGCCGGACUCUUCUGCCCGACACUUUGCGUACCGGAGGAAUGUACUAUUAUGUACCAGAUCGAAGUCAAGCACGAAGAGUGUGUCAACCAUGAGGACUAUUUCAAUGAUACGGCAGUGUGUAAGAGAACGUGGGAUAACAUUACGUGUUGGCCAGCGGCAUCGGUCGGAGAGGUCGUCGUGUUGCAAUGUCCGGGGCUCUUUAGCAUGUUCACUACCAAUGCGGUAAUUGGAAAUGUUUCCAAAAACUGCACCAGUGAAGGAUGGUCAGAAAUCUACCCAGCUUAUGCCGCCGCCUGUGGAUUCUCUACCAAUGACACGCCAAGCGAACAGCAGACUGUCUUCUUCGGAGCGAUUAAGACGGGAUACACGAUUGGACACAGUUUGUCGCUGAUCUCCCUCACCGCGGCCAUGAUCGUCCUCUGUCUCUUCAGGAAGCUGCAUUGUACCAGGAAUUACAUCCACAUGCACCUGUUCAUGUCUUUCAUCAUGAGGGCCAUCGCUGUGUUCAUCAAGGACAUCGUCCUUUUUGAAAGCGGAGAAUCGGAUCACUGCCACGUGGGAUCGGCUGGAUGUAAAGCUGCGAUGGUGUUUUUCCAGUACUGCAUCAUGGCCAACUUCUUCUGGCUUCUGGUUGAAGGCCUUUACCUCCACAAUCUGCUCGUCAUCUCCUUCUUCUCAGAGAGAAAGUAUUUCUGGUGGUACAUACUUAUUGGCUGGGGUGCGCCCUCUGUAUUUAUCACAGCAUGGAGCCUAGCGAGAAUUUACUUUGACAAUGCGGGGUGCUGGGACACAAUCGAGUCCCACCUAUGGUGGAUCAUCAAAACUCCAAUUUUGGUCUCCAUAUUGGUCAAUUUUAUACUUUUCAUCUGUAUCAUCAGGAUUUUGGUCCAGAAGCUGCACUCACCAGAUGUUGGGAGGAACGAAAACAGUCAAUAUACGAGGCUGGCGAAGUCAACUCUUCUACUAAUUCCCCUCUUCGGAGUUCAUUAUAUUAUGUUCGCCUUCUUCCCCGACAACUUUAAAGUGGAAGUCAAACUAGUCUUCGAGCUCAUUCUUGGAUCCUUCCAGGGCUUUGUGGUGGCCGUUCUGUAUUGCUUCCUGAAUGGAGAGGUUCAAGCUGAGUUAAAAAGGAAAUGGAGACGGUGGAAUCUCGAGAGAUUCAUGGGAAAGGACAUGAAGUAUCACCACCCAUCGCAAGGGAGCAACGGGACCAACUUCAGCACCCAAAUCUCCAUGUUGACCAAAUGCAGUCCAAAGACGAGGAGAUGUUCCAGUUUCCAGGCGGAGUUUUCCUUGGUCUGAAGCGUGAAAAGUCAGGAUGGAACUUUUACGUGGGCAAGACAUUGUGCCCAAAAGGCGUCGUCUCCACCACGGAGCCAAGUUGGCGGAUUGGAAAUGUUGAGCGCUCAUUGUUUCGGAAUUGCACUUUAUGGAGUUGAGUCUUAAACCCUUUUGAGUCCCUGGGGCAAAGGGAACUCCCCCCCCCCCCCCCCCCCAAAAUAAUUCAUUAGAAGACUUCAGACUCGUCCUUUAUACUGGAAUGUCUUUUUUUUUUUUGAGCAAGUCUUCGAAAACAAGGAAGCUAUAUAACAAAAAAAACAUAUUUAUUAAAUCUUCAAAAUUGAUUACAGAAUAAGAAAAGACAUUUACAGAAAGAAACGUUGUAUGGGUGUCGCAGAAUGACACAGAAAUGAGCGCCGCGCCGUUCAACAUAAGCUAGGAAGGCAGCGUUUAUUGUCUAUGUACAAACCGCGCUGUUUUUAGUCAUUUCAGAACCAGAUGUGAUGCUGGGGUUUUUCAGGGUGCUUUUUGUGUUAAAAAAAAAAAGAAAA